UUAUCUGUGAACACGGACAAGUUAGAGAGACUAAAAUGGCCAGAACCAAGCAGACCGCGCGUAAAUCCACCGGAGGAAAAGCUCCCAGGAAGCAGCUGGCCACCAAGGCUGCCCGUAAGAGCGCCCCGGCCACCGGCGGAGUGAAGAAGCCCCACCGCUACAGGCCCGGUACCGUGGCUCUCCGAGAGAUCCGCCGCUACCAGAAGUCCACCGAGCUGCUGAUCCGCAAGCUGCCCUUCCAGCGCCUGGUGAGGGAGAUCGCUCAGGACUUCAAGACCGACCUGCGCUUCCAGAGCUCCGCCGUCAUGGCUCUGCAGGAGGCCAGCGAGGCUUACCUGGUCGGCCUCUUCGAGGACACCAACCUGUGCGCCAUCCACGCCAAGAGGGUCACCAUCAUGCCCAAAGACAUCCAGCUGGCCCGACGCAUCCGCGGAGAGAGGGCUUAAACUCCCCCCCACACCUCUUUACACCACAACGGCUCUUUUAAGAGCCACCUCACUAAAGCUCAAGAGCUCCUUCCUCUGAUCCUCUUCAUGUAUUUUGAUGGCUUAUUUCAAUGUCAACAAUCAUUUAAUAAACUUGAUUCUUGCUAA